UCUCCAGCUGCGAGGACCUCAUGUCCAACAUCGUGCUGCGCUCCUGCAUCUGGGUGCUCGGCACGGUGGCGCUCUCUGGCAACCUGGUGGUUAUGUGCUGGCGCGUCUGUCCACAAGACCAGCAACAAGGUGCACUCGUUCCUGAUCGUGAACCUGGCAUUCAGCGAUUGUCUGAUGGGCGUUUACCUGCUGAUGAUUGCCGUGGUGGACCAGUACUACCGAGGCCGGUACUCGGUACACGAGCAGGACUGGCGCUCCAGCUCACUCUGUAACCUGGCCGGCUUCGUCAGCACCUUCUCCUCCGAGCUGAGCGUCUUCACGCUGACAGUGAUCACGCUGGACCGGUUCUUGGUGAUCAUAUUCCCGUUCCAUUUGGACCGACUGGAGAUGUCUCGCACCAGAGCCAUCAUGCUGGUCGGCUGGACCGGCGUCACCCUGCUGGCCGCCACGCCCUUCCUGCCGCUGGACUAUUUCAGCGGUUUCUACGGCAGAUCGGGCGUGUGUCUGGCGCUGCACAUAACACCGGACUACCCGCCCGGCUGGCAGUACUCUGUGUUCGUGUUCCUCAUUCUGAACCUGUUCUCUUUCGGCGUGAUCGCCCUUGGGUACGCCUGCAUGUUCGUGGCAGCCAAGCGGACGCAGGCGGCAGUUCCGGCGUUGCGGCGGCGAUCGCAGCGCCACACGAGGCAGGACGGAGCCAUGGCCCGUCGAAUGUCCAUCAUCGUCGCUACGGACGCCGCGUGCUGGCUGCCCAUCAUCACCCUCGGCAUCGUCUCCCUGUGUGGAGUCAGCGUGCCGCCACAGGUGUACGCCUGGGUGGCCGUGUUCGUCCUGCCGCUGAACGCCGCCGUCAAUCCGUUGCUGUACACUCUCUCCACGGUGCAGUUUGUGGAGCAGGUGGAGAAGAGGAUCCACACAUUCCGGCAGUCCUGGAAGAGAUCGUUCACCAUAAAGACGUGCACCACGGGGAUCGGUGAUGACAAAGGCAACGACACUGAAGCGCCGACAUGGAGUCAGCGGGUGUGCAAGUACCCGGUGGAGGACGGUCCCCAGGACAUGAUGUCUCUGGUGGACUUUACCCAACAGGGCCAAAGGUCACGUGUGCAGGCCAGCUGCAGUCUGCCUCUGAGGACGGAGGGGCGACCCUGCAAAGCUGGCCCCGGCUCCUGGAGACAACACAGCCGCAGGAGUCGAGGGCACCGCCAUGCCACCAGUGAAAUGUACGACUGACAGUCGGCGCUGAAACAGUGGAAUGUGUCGCCGGCCGCCGGCAGCGAAAUAAUGAAGCGUGCGACUAAAUCAUCACCAGUGGUCCGGUGCUGGUUACGUCUGCUAGUGCCGGCGGAGUAAUGCGGUGUCGAGCAAUCGCAGUCAGCGAACCAGUGAUAUGUCCAUUGCCAUCGCCAGUGAACCAGUGAAGUGUGGAAAUGACCACCGCCAACGGGAUAGUGAAGUGUACCACUGAGUUCAGCCAGUGAACUGCGCGACUGGUUCAUCAGUGCAUCCGUCAUCAGUGAAUCACGUUCUAAAACGUACGAUCGAUACGCAAUUAGAUGAACUGUCGAAUUAUAUCGACGACGUGGAUUGUCAAGAUAAUUUGACAGUGCACUGAAGUGCGUAACCGCUGUGGCACCUCAGGCUGUCAUCUGUCGCACCAGUGGCAGUGGUAUCGGGAUGACUGCCGUAAGCUGCGCCGCGGAGGUGAAUAACGACGAGAGCUUCAGAAAAACGGCGAACGUCGUGGCGUCGGAGUGGUGAUGCUCGUGGCAUCCAUGCCUGCAUGUACUUAAUCACUCGAACAGGAACGCUGACCGGAUUCAGAAGGAUAAUGAAAUUCCUAAGCAGUACCCGAAAACGUUGUCCAAUCUUAAGCUUAACAGAUCGGGCUGAAGCGUUAAGGCCAGUCUGAUGUAGGGCUUCCCUGACAUUUUGCAGACUAGUCAAUAUCCGAGGCUGGGAGCGAGGAAGCGGCCCAACAUUCCCUCGCCCUUUCACGUUUCAAAGCUUAGAACGAACUAUGUUUUACCCCACUUUUUCCUCCAACUCUUGCCUUG